CUGCUUUGGCUCUGUCCCAUAGAUUUUGAAAUGUUAUCUUCUCAUUGUCAUUCUCUUCAAUGAAAUCAGUAAUUGUUUCUAUGAUUUGCCUUCUGGAAUAUCAUAUUCCAUGCCUUCUCAUCCUUCCAUAUGGAAGCUGCCAAAUUCUGUGUAAUCCUGACUAGGGCUCCAUGAUAUCUGAAUUGUUUCUUUAUAACAGUUUGCAGUAUCUUCUCCUUGAACUGGGAGCUUGGCUUUAAUGUUCCUGGGAGUUAUUAUUGGGGAUUUAAUGCAGGAGGUAAUCUGUGGAUUUUUUUUCAAUAUCUAUUUUACCCUCUUGUUCAAUAAUAGCAGAGCAGUUUUCUUGGAUAAUUUCUGGCAGUAUGAGGUCUAGACUUUUUUUUUUUUUGGUUAGUUCAAUAAUUCUUAAAUUGUCUCUCCUGGAUCUAUUUUCCUGGUCAGUUGUUUUUUCAAUGAGGCAUCUCAUAUUUUCUUCAUUCUUUUGAUUUUGUUUUAUUAUUUUUGUUGUCUAGUGAAGUCAUUAGCUUCUAUUUGCCCUAAUCUCAUUUUUAAAGACUGAAUUUCUUCCAUGACAUUUUGAUCCUCCUUUUCCAAUUGGUCCAUUUUUCUUUUCAAGUUUUUCAAGUUUCUUCCUCUGACUUUUUUGCCUCAUUUUCCAGAAGGUCAAUUCUAGCUUUUAAUGAAUUGUUUUCUUGUUUUGAUUCCUGUGCCUCUGUUUCUAGAUGACCUAGUUUUCUGUUUCCCAUUUUUCUUCAACCUGUCUUAUUUGAUUUUUGAAUUUCCCUUUGAACUCUUCCAGAGCCUGAGUGCAAUUUCCUUGUUUUUUUUUUUAAGGCUUUGCUUGAUUUUCAGUCAUCCUUUGUCGGUUCUGUUCUUUGGUCCUGCCGCCACCACCAUCCACUUCGGACAGCCCCCGCUCCUGGCUCCAGAUCUGUUAGCAGAUUGCAGCUCACCUGCCCACCCUGGCUGCCCGCUCUGGCUCCCAGCCCUGCUUGCCUGCGUUCCUGUCGUUCCUGGCCUACCCCGGUGCACCUGAUCCUUGUUCAACCCAGAUCCUUGGAGCAGAUCACUCAGGACUCAUUUCUACCAGCUGGAGAUCAAAACCACAAGACUUCUAUCCCCUUGGAAGAGAUAAAAUCGCUCCUAAUUGCAUAAGGACAGGAAAGGACAGUGUAUCUUUUUGGGGUAGUAUCAGGUAAUGUUGAACAGAAGAAACAUGGGGCCAUGGCUGAACCAUUCAUCAGUAGGUGACUUCAUCCUUUUGGGCAUCUUCUCACACAGCCAAACUGAUCUUGUCCUUUUCUCUGCUGUCCUGGUGGUCUUUACAGUGGCCUUGGCUGGGAAUAUCCUCCUUCUCUUCCUGAUCUAUAGUGAUGCCCAGCUCCAUACUCCCAUGUACUUUUUCCUUAGCCAUCUCUCCUUUAUGGAUCUCACUCUGAUCUGUACCAUUGUGCCCAAGAUGGCUGACAAUUUCAUACAUGAGAGAAAGUCAAUUUCUUUCAUUGGAUGUGGGCUUCAGAUUGGUCUCUUUGUCACCCUAGUUGGCUCUGAGGGUCUUCUACUUGGCCUCAUGGCUUAUGACCGCUAUGUGGCCAUCAACCACCCAUUACGCUACCAUGUGCUCAUGAGCCAAAGAGUGUGCCUUCAGAUUGUUGGUAGCUCCUGGGCCUUUGGAAUCUUAGAUGGGUUGAUCCAAGUAGUGGCAGCCAUGACUUUCCCCUAUUGUGGUUCUCGAGAAGUGGAUCACUUUUUCUGUGAAUUGCUAUCUUUGUUGAAGCUGGCUUGUGCUGACACAUCAUUCUUUGAUACCCUAAUUUUUUCCUGCUGUGUUUUCAUGCUCUUCCUCCCUUUCUCCAUAAUUGUGGCUUCCUAUGCCAAAAUCCUGAGGGCUGUGAUCAGCAUGAAUUCUGCCCAAGCCCAACAAAAAGCUCUGACUACCUGUUCUUCCCAUCUGGCAGCUGUCUCUCUCUUUUAUGGGGCAGCCAUGUUCAUCUACCUGAGGCCAAAGCACUACCGUGCUCCUGGUCAUGACAAGAUAGUCUCCCUCUUCUACACAGUCCUCACACCCAUGCUCAACCCUUUGAUCUAUAGUUUGAGAAACCGUGAGGUGAUGGGGGCUUUGAGGAAGAAACUGAAUCGCUGGGUCACUGACUGCCAGAAAUAGCCCAUGUCUCUGCCUGCAGGGAGCCCCCUGAUAUCAAUUUCUAAUACAAGAUAAUACCUUAAGUCCUACAUGAAUGAGAAAAUCUUGUGUUUUCUUAGAUUCUCUGUCUGUCUCUUCUAAAGUGGAGAGAGGGGAAAAAUGACAUUGUUUUGCUAACUGAAUUAUGGACAAGGAUCAUGCAACAUAUGUCUUUAUUUCAUUAAUUCAUCCACAUUACUUUUUUUGUCAUGUGCAAAGCAAUGCAGUACAAUAUAAAAUGGAAACUCCUUUCCUCCCUCAACUAUCUCUCGUUCUGAGAAUAGAGAUAUCAGAAAUUACUUGAGCUGCUGAAAACUCUAGGUAUCCUAUGAAAUUAAUUGAAUGACUGGUCAUGGGCAGGUUGUUUCUUAGUGAUAGAGCUGUUUUCCUAGUAAACUCUAUGUCCACUUUCUUUUAGCCCCAAUUCUUAGUGAUGUCACAAUGCAAUAGUACCAAAUCCCAAAGACAACUUUAAGAAUGUCCCAAAUUUCCCCUUCCUUCUAAUGAAGGGGGCUGAUAAUAGUAAGGAGGAGAAAGUUCUGGGAUGGCAAACUAUAGGGAGUAAAAUGUUAGAAUUUCUAAAUAUCUACUGUGUGUGUAGAACACAAACAAUUUAAUGACAAUGCAGUAUGAAUCCUGAGCAGAAAUUUAUCCUUUAGGUGAUAUAUCCAUCCCUAUUAGUGACUAUCCCAAAAGGGAAGAGGCAAACCAAAAAAGGAAUGAGAUACUGCAGAAUCUCUCCUUUCCUUAGACUUUUAAUGAGGGUAAAUUACUCCUAUAAGGGAUGCUGCAUUUUAUUUUAUAUUUAUACCUUUAUUUUUACCUUCUAUUUAUUGGUUUUAAGGAAGAAGAGCAGUAUGGGCUAGGCAAAACCCAGAUUCACACAGCUAGAAAAUGUCUGAGGCCAGGUUUGAACCUAGUACCUCCUAGAGAGAGCUUUCAAAUCACUGAGACACCUCACUGCUCCCAUGGGAUGCUGCAUUUUAAAAUCUUGAUUAUGUAUGAACUAGAUUCUCUUGGAAGUCUGGUCCUACCAUAAUUGGGGCAAAGAGCCUCUGGGAGCUUCUCUCCAUGUGGAAAAUCAGGGAAGACUCCCUCUGGGAGAAACAUGAAACUAUACCUUGGUAUAAGUUUGGAAUUUGCUAAAUAACUAUAUGCUGAAGAGUAGGUCCUUGGAUUGUUUCUAGAGGCCAUCAGAGUUUCAAUGAUCACCUCUUUUGUCAUUUUUUUUGUUGGCUUCAUUUGGAUACUACUUAGCUUCCCCAGGGUGAAGAAAGGCAUUGUUAGGAAGUCAGUUUCCUUACCAGGCAACUAAAUGAAGUCCUGGGGAAAUUAAAAUCUUGUGAGUGACCCUGCUGAAGUAAAGUCUGCAGGAAAACCUGAAAGCAUCAUUUCCCUGCCACAAGGUAUUUGAAUAUCAACCAGCUGCCAGUUCCCUAGGCAUUUCCCUCCCAGCACAAAUCAACAACAGUCCCAGGUCCAAGAUCCCCCCACCCCUUCCAGCUAAUGCCUAGUUCUGUUUGAAACAAAUUUGAAGCCUUUAAAAGCCUACCAGAUUUGACUGGUUUUGGUGUGCCCUUUUCCCUUGUUCCAGUGGGUAGGCUUUUAGAGGCUUCUUCAUUACAACAAUUUCUCUUCAACAAAACUGGCUUGCUUUAUUCUAUCUCUACUGAUGCUGUCUUGCCAUGUGUUCCAAGUUUCCUUAAAGUUCACCAUGGAAUAUCAAACCUCAUUCAAACUGUAUUAUUAUAUUAAUGUCUUUAAAAAAUCAUCAUAGUUUUCCCCAGUCUUUCUCCCUUUCCUCAUCCCAGAAACCCAUCCUUGUACAACAAAAAGUAUUUUCUCAAAA